AUGGAAUCAGAAAGAUCUAAUAGCAUAGCUCCACAGACCCCAUUGUCCAAUGAAGAAGAUUUUUUUGAGUCUGAUUAUAGAAGUAUCACUAAUCACGAAAAUCAAGCCAAAUCUGUCACCUGUUCUUGGUGUAAAGAACCAGAUCCAUUAUUCGAAACUAAUGGAACUAACUUGAAACCAGUCACGAGAUUGUCCUAUCUUCAUAGCUUUCAUCUUAGAUGUAUUAUUAUUUCCUUAAAAAAAGAUAUGACAUGUCCUCAUUGUCAACAUCUUAUUUAUCUUGGUGAUAAUGAUGAUGCAAAGCUAAAUCCUAGAGAAGAUGAUAAUGUUAAAAAAUUUUUUAAAGAAUUAACCAACAGACCACAAGACUUCAAUCCAUUACCAGAGGUGUCAGAUGUGGAAACGGAUCCUACAACUCCUGAAAUGAUAUUCGUCGGAUUACAUGAUAAAAUACUUCAUGCUGAGAAGAUUCUUAAUAAAAAAACACGUGAAGUAUCCCGCGUGGAAUAUGAAAUCCUUGACUCUUAUUAUCCUCUUGGGGAAGCAUUAGAGAAGAAAUUGGCCGAAUAUACCUCUAUUCAUCCUACCCAAACCGCACGAGUAUUACUUAAUGCAGAAAUUUGGAGAAUUUCACCAUCGUCUUUUGGGAAAUUUACUGAUAAAGAAAUAAAGGUCAUUCAAGAAAGGAUUAGAACGAAUUCUUCUCGACCAAAUUGGCUUGAUCAAUUUGAUGAUUUAGAACUAAAUGAGCCAAUGUUGACUGAUUGA